UCUGUUUUCUGUUUACAAGCGUGAAGAUGGCUGCUGCUUCUUCCUGCAAUGUGGAAGAAGAUGAGAGCCUGAAGGGAUGUGAACUCUAUGUUCAGAAGCACAACAUCCAACAGAUUUUAAAAGAGUGCAUUGUAAACCUUUGCAUAGCAAAGCCAGACCGACCUAUGAAGUUCCUCAGAGAACACUUUGAAAAAUUAGAAAAGGAAGAAUGCAAACAAAUACUGGCUCGGCAGAAAUCCAGUUCCCAGUCUGAUUCUCAUGACGAUGAGAUUUCACCUCCUCCUCCCAACCCAGUGGUAAAAGCCCGACGCAGGAGAGGGGGGGUCAGUGCAGAAGUGUACACGGAGGAAGAUGCUGUUUCUUACGUCAGAAAGGUGAUUCCAAAGGACUAUAAAACUAUGACUGCUCUGGCAAAGGCCAUCUCCAAGAACGUGCUCUUUGCUCAUCUUGAUGACAAUGAACGAAGUGACAUAUUCGACGCCAUGUUCCCCGUCACACACAUCGCAGGAGAAACAGUCAUACAACAGGGUGAUGAAGGAGACAACUUCUAUGUGAUUGACCAAGGCGAGGUAGACGUUUAUGUCAACGGGGAGUGGGUCACCAGCAUCGGGGAAGGAGGCAGCUUUGGGGAGCUGGCAUUGAUCUAUGGAACACCCCGGGCUGCCACCGUCAAGGCCAAGACAGAUCUCAAGCUCUGGGGCAUCGACAGAGACAGCUACAGACGCAUUUUAAUGGGCAGCACGCUGAGAAAGCGGAAGAUGUAUGAAGAAUUCCUGAGCAAGGUCUCCAUUUUGGAGUCCCUGGACAAAUGGGAACGGCUGACAGUGGCUGAUGCACUGGAACCUGUCCAGUUUGAAGACGGAGAAAAAAUUGUUGUGCAGGGAGAGCCUGGUGAUGACUUCUUCAUUAUUACAGAGGGCACAGCAUCUGUUCUGCAGCGCAGGUCUGACAACGAGGAGUACAUCGAAGUUGGAAGACUUGGCCCAUCAGAUUAUUUUGGUGAGAUAGCGUUACUGCUCAAUCGGCCCCGGGCUGCUACGGUGGUGGCACGCGGACCCCUGAAGUGUGUAAAGCUGGAUCGGCCCCGCUUCGAACGAGUGCUCGGUCCUUGUUCCGAAAUCCUCAAGAGAAACAUUCAGAGAUACAACAGUUUCAUUUCGCUCACCGUCUAAAUGAUUCCUUCUGGAAUCAUGCCUUUGUGUGACCUUGUGCACUUAAAUUCGCUCUGUGCAGCUCCAUAGCUUUAUGAAGAAAAAAAUAAAAGGUGUGCAUUUUAUGUGUAUUUUUUCUGUUUAUGUCAUGUACUGGAUGUCAGUUCAAAUCUCAUGUAUCAUGUAAGUAGGAAGACAACUGUUUGGGUAACACUAGCUUUGGGGAAGAUUCGGCUCUUGGCUUGCAGGCGAGAUUUUUACCUAUUGUUGGAUCAUAUAGCUAGAAACUGUGUUUGUAACUAUUUAAAAUCCAUAUGAAUUUCUAUUUCUCUUAUUAUCUUUGAAGUUGGUCUUACUCACCUUUUGUCA